AUGGACCUUGACAUGGUCCCAGUGUCCCUGCCGAAGGCUGCGGUGCCCAUCGUGCUGCCGGUGCCCCCGGGCGGGGUGAAGGUCCUUCCUCGUUGGGCAGAGGAAGAUGAGGUCUCGAGGUGGAGAUUGAAGUACAGGCCGCAUGCCACGGAAGAUCCGAGCAGCGACUUUGACGAGGGUGCUGCAUGGGUGGAGCUCGAACUUCGCCACUUCACGCGCGAGCUGCCCCUUUCGAACCUCGAAUUCGGCUUGCUGCACGACUUCAAAGUGGCAAUUCAAACGCCCGAGGGCUGGUCGGAUUGGAGCGUGGCGGCGCAGUGCGAGGCUCCUCCACCACAUCCCCCCGGCAAGCUGGCCACCCUUCUGCCGCGGGUGCUCGACGUGUCCUCGGUGAAGGUGCGCUGGACACCGCCCAUUGACAAUACCACGGUCGCACCAGGCUUGAGGGUCCAGCGUUACAUGAUUGUGGUCACUUGGCCACCACGUCCUGGUGAAGAUGAGGCGGCGUGCAAGCGGGAGAUCAUGGUAGCUGACGAGACGGAGUCGUAUGUCAUCACGGGGUUGGAAAGUCUUACAGACUACACUUUCCAGAUCGCAGCAGAGAAUGCAGCGGGCUGGGGUGAGCUGUCUGAUCCCACAGUGCCGAUGCAGACUAUGCCGCCUGUGCCCACCACCCUGAAUCAGCCGACGCUACGCAGACCUACACAUCACUCGGCAGUCAUCCAGUGGCAACACCCUCCUUUUUCAGAAGCACCCGUGCUGUCCUUCCGCUUUCGCCACACGUCGUCAGCCGACUGGAGCAGUGACGUGGUGGAGAUCCACGAUGUAUCGCCUGCGCUGUCACAAUAUGUGAUUCAGGGGUUAAAGCCGGGGCAUGUGUACAUGUUCCAGGUCAGGGCAGUGAACAAGUACGGCAUGGGGAUAUGGAGCGACAGCAGCAUACCAAUCCGCACAAUGGAUGGAGCAACCCCAUCUACCAUCGAAGACUUGCAGGCAUCCGAGAUAUACAAGUCUUUCAUUCGCCUGCAGUGGCGUCCAGUUGAGGAAAAUGGCCACCCCAUUACAGAGUAUCGCCUCCGCUACGCCCAUACGGAGGACAUGGCCGGCGCCGUAGAAGCUGUCCCAGCCGUGGUCCGGGACAAAGGCUUUGACAGGUGCGAUGUCCGCCACCUACGAAAGUUGAAGUACCACUUCCAGGUGGCAGCUAUCAACCACCUGGGCAUGGCGGAGUGGAGUGCAGUCAUGGGAAUGGCCAACGUGCAGUUUCGGGCAGUGGAGUGCGUAUCUCUCCAAGUCUCCCCCACCAUCGGCGGGCUGAUUGAUGCCUUCUUGGGCAAGUCUGUGGAGCAGGUCAUGGCCAUACAGUGCCUCCGCGCGGGGCUCCCGAAUGUGCUCAAGGCCAACCUCAUGGGAUCUAUGCACUGGUGCCUCCUGCUGGUCCUCGGAAUGUCCAUCUUCGCAGCAGGAGUGAAGAAAAAGACCUGCAAGUUCAACGUGGAUGGCGCAGCAGCACAGAUGUCGUGUCAGGUUGUCUGUGCCAUUAGUAUCACCUUGCCGACGAUGUUCGGCGCCGUGCCUGGGGUUACGUCUCACCAGGUCAUGCUGCUUUCCCGCGUGUGCGCCAUUAUCUUGAUCUUCCUCUACAUCUGCUUCAUCUACUUUCAUCUGAAGACGCACAAGGCCCAGUUCCAGAACCGUCAGGCAGCCGAGGAUGGCCUUCCUGACCAUGUCCAGACAGCAGAGGACCAAGAUCUUAGCCGUCUUUCCCUCGGCUCGUCCAUCUUCCUCAUGGUCUCCAGCAUUGUGAUCACCACUUUGAACUCGCAAGUGCUGGUCGACAACAUUCUUGACCUGUCCGAGAGGUUCGAAGUCCCCUUGCAGUUCAUCGGGGCCACAAUGUUGCCCAUCCUUGGCAAUACUGCCGAGCACGUCGCCUCCGUCAGCCAUGCCAUAAAGGAUGAAAUGGACACCUCCAUUGCCAUUGCCCUGGGAUCGGCGCUGCAGAUCGCUUUGUUUGUUGUGCCACUCUCAGUCAUCUGGGGCUGGGCUUUCGAUCGGCCGAUGUCCCUGAACUUCAGCAUGUACGACUCGGCGGUCAUGCUGUUGGGGACCUUCCUCGUGGCCCAGAUUCUCCAGCACGGCUCGUCGAACUGGCUUCACGGGGCUAUGAUGAUGAUGGUCUACCUGAUGAUUGCGGUCAUCAGUGGUGCUUAA